AUGUCACAAAUUUUCACUAGUUCCACAAUACCGUUAACGUUUGAAUCACGUGAACAUAAAGAACAUCAUAAUAUUCGAAAUAAGCCUCCGCUGUCUCAACCAGAAAGUAGAGAAAAUGAAACAUUACAACCGAUCUGGCAAUGUAUGUUGGCAGGAGGAUUUGGAGGAGUUGUUGGGGAUAGUGCUAUGCACUCAUUGGAUACAGUGAAAACGAGGCAGCAAGGAUUCCCAUACAAGGUUAAAUAUAAACACAUGAUUCCAGCUUAUUCAACAAUCCUAAAAGAAGAAGGAUUUUUCCGAGGAUUAUAUGGUGGAUAUACACCAGCAGCAUUAGGGUCUUUCCCUUCAACAGCGGCAUUCUUUGGGACUUAUGAAUACUCCAAAAGAGUAAUGAUAAACAAAUGGCACGUUAACGAAACAUUGGCAUAUUUCAUUGCCGGUAUAUUGGGAGAUUUAGCAUCAAGUAUAUUUUAUGUGCCUUCGGAAGUGUUAAAGACUCGUUUACAAUUACAAGGUAAAUACAAUAAUCCUUAUACCAAAAAAUGUGGUUAUAAUUACCGUGGUCUAUGGAAUGCAAUUGUAACUAUUGCCAAAACUGAAGGCCCUAAAACUUUUGUGUUUGGUUAUAAAGAAACAUUAUUUCGUGAUUUACCAUUUAGUGCCCUACAAUUUUCAUUUUACGAAACUUUCCGUCAAUGGGCUAUUUACUCAAACAACGGGUCUGAUGAUUUAUCCAUAUCAAUGGAAUUGUUGACUGGAGCAGCAGCUGGUGGUUUGGCUGGAACUUUGACAACUCCACUUGAUGUUAUAAAGACUCGUAUUCAAACAGCUACAAAUACUUCAGAAUUGAGUAGCUCAAUUUCCACUAAACAAACCAUCACAAACCCAAUAAUUAGAUUGUUAAAUAGAAAUGCAACUUUGAAAGCAUUGGUAUCGAUAUAUAAACACGAAGGUAUACUAGGGGCAUUUUCUGGUGUUGGUCCUAGAUUUAUAUGGACAGGUAUACAGAGUUCCAUCAUGCUUCUAUUGUACCAAGUGGCUCUAAAGCAAUUGGAUAUAUUAUCUGAUGACAGAGACAAGUUAGAGUCUUGA